AUGCACCCAGCCGCAGCACAACCUUCACGAAUUGUCGUGUGCAUUCAUGGGUUUGGCGGAUUCCGCUGGCAACUCGUACCGCUCGCGAGCUCCCUCAAGCGCUGCGGCUUCAACGUGUACAACUACGGCUACGCUGCCCGAAAGCACACGCUUGAGGAGCAUGGACUGCACUUGGCAGCGUUCCUCGCUUCUAUUGCCACUGAGUCCGGUCUCAGAUCAGACGCUUUUCCGACACGACUCGGUUCCAUCUCCUUCGUAACACAUAGCUUCGGUGGCGUGGUGCUGCGGGAGGCGCUCACGGGUACCGCCUGGCACACGGCACGCUUGACGCCAGAGGCUGCACGUCGAGGGCGAGCAGUCUGUCUGGGACCACCGUUUGGUGGUGUUGCACUUGCCCGAGCGCUUCGACACCGUGAGGCUCACGGCCGAAUGCCGUAUCGAAUUAUCGAACGGCUUGCGAGGACACUACUGGGGCCUGCCGCGGGUCGUGAGUUGCUCGAAAUGCCUGCCGAAUGGUUUCUCCGCCGAGGAGGCAUGCCCGAUUCCAUGCCUGUGUUGGUGAUUGCCGGCGACAUGGGACCCAUUAACCCACUUAUUACGCGAACGCGGUCUCCCGAGGUCCGGUCCCAAGAGUCUGCAUGGGGGCGUGGACAAAUUAUCAGCAGUGCAGCGUCGGAGGUUGCACCAAGUGAUGGUAUUGUGGGCGUUCAUGAGACCUGGCUACCGAGUCGACAUUGGUUCCUGCGGGUGCGGCUGCCUCAUCACAUGUUAUUGUAUGCGCCGUCUGUCAUGGAGGCAACAGCGCAGUUCCUGCUCGCACAAGGUGAUGAUGCGUUGUUUGACUACAAACUCGCUGGUGUUGCGUUCAGGAACGAGAGGUACAAAGUAGCCGGAGACCCGGAUACGGAAGCCGAGAGCACUGAUCGACGUUGA